GUGAGAGAGAGUGUGUGUCUGUGUCUUUGUGUGUGUGUGUGAGAGAGAGAGACGCCAUGAAUGCACCUGAUCGUUACGAGCGUUUCGUCGUUCCUGAAGGCACCAAGAAGGUCUCUUAUGAGAGGGACACCAAGAUCAUCAAUGCUGCUUCUUUCACCGUCGAAAGAGAGGACCACACCAUAGGCAACAUCCUUCGCAUGCAACUGCACAGAGACCCUAACGUGUUAUUCGCUGGAUACAAGCUUCCUCAUCCUCUUCAGUACAAAAUUCUUGUCAGGAUACACACCACUAGUCAGUCUUCGCCAAUGCAGGCAUAUAAUCAGUCUAUUAAUGAUCUGGACAGAGAACUUGAUCAUUUGAAGAAUGCCUUCGAGGCAUGUUGAAGUUUUCAAGGGACUAUUGAUUUACGGUCAAGAUGGAAGUUGUGUGGGUUAGAAGCCUUGGCAGAUACUGAGAUAGCAAGUGGCUCCUGCUAAAUGGAAUUUAAAUAGCAUGUUUAUAGUGUUUUAGCAAAUUGGUUAAAGAUGGUUGUGCUGGACUGAGGAAUUUUUACAGUUGUGAACAAUUUCAUAGUUAACAAAAAUGCAUUAACUGGAGGAUUUGCAUUAUAUCAAGCUAAUUAUGUUGGCAACUGUUGAGAUAUAUAAAACCAUUAAUGUAGCCUCACCCAACAGAUUAAGUUUUUGGGUUAAAUUGGUUCUUUACAUGGUAUCAGAGCC